CUGGAAUCUUGGCAGACGCACCUAACACCCUCACCUAACAUCAUCAACUCAAAGGAAACUUGGAAAGCUUUCCAAAAUAAAAACAAUUAUUGCUUUUCUUUGUUUUAUUGCGUUUGCAAAGUUUAAUUCAAAAUCCGGUUUAACCAAGGUGUUCUCUUCUAAAAACUCAGCAUGGCUUCAAGCCCCUUUGUGGCUGUUCUUCAGAGAAUUGGUUCUUGUAAUGAUGAAUACAGAAGUAUUACAUUGAAUUCUAAUGUGGAAGUCACUGUAGGGAGAUCAAGAGAUAGCUCUUUCUGUAUUUUUGAUGAUAUCAUUUCUCGCAAGCAUGCCAUAUUUAGAUUCAACAACAACAAUAGCCAGUGGACUCUUGAAAGUGUGGGACAACACGGCAUUGCUUUGAAUAAAGUCUUUGUUCCAAAGCAUCAACAAAUUCCCAUUCAACAUAAGGAUAUUGUAGCAUUUGCUUCGAUUUCAAAAUUUUCAUAUUUUUUCCAUUACCCACCAACCGAAAUCAGUGAAGAGCCACUUCCCAAAAAGUUGUGUCUGAAUAGGAACACUUGUGCCUUACAAACUCCAUUGGGUUCUACAGAAUCUCUUGAUAGGACCAUGAAAAAUAAGAAAAUUGAUACACAACUUGUAACAAAAUGUGAUAAAGGAGUGCCUAGCAACAAAUUACAUCGGCAAAAUGAGGACGAUUUCGCAGAAAAAACAAAAGAGGUGGAGGAGCUUGGUGCAAGGAUCAGUAAAGAAAAUCAGGCCCUUAUUGAGCACAAUGCGAAUGUCCAGAAAUUCACGACCGGAACUGAUAUCCUACAGGAGCAAUUAAAAAGGAUCCGAUAUCUAAGAGAAGAAACUAUGAACGAACUUUCCAAGGUCAAAGAAUCCUAUAAGUGUUUAGAAAAAGAAUCAAAGCAUGACUUUGACAAAUCUGAGGAUGAAAGGAUGCUACCAAACCGACAAUUCAGUGAAAAUGUUUCAUCCCAGUUAAAAGAUUGCCUGAUUCCGAUAUUAGACGAGAUAGCAAAAUUUAAAGCAAUUAUUGCAGACCUGGCAGACGAGAUUGAAAAACUAAGUUCAGACCGAUUUGAAAAACAAAAUGAAAAUCAAACAGUAAAUUUUCAAGCGACUUCAGUUAACUUAACAAUUAAACCCGAGAAGAAUUUAGUCGACGGAGUGUUGUUGCAGCAGAAAAAUACGUCACUGGAAGAAGACAGGCGUCUAGUCGGAAGUAAUCAUAGGAUCCUUACGGAAAUUAAAGAGAACAAGGAGUCGACCAUCUUAAGAACGAUCAAUUGCAAAACUUCUGGAAAUUCUGGUAAAAACGGAACGUCGAGGGUUUUGCUUUCACCUGAUCGUCUGGUUAAAGAACGGGAUGAAGACAAAUUAGUAGUAACGCGUCGCUUUGUCCCCAAACAUCGAGUUUGUUACGUCUACGACGAAAGAAUGGCGCUUCAUCGGAACGUUAAACAACCGAGCCAUUUGGAACAACCUGCUCGCAUCACCUCCGUGUACCAGAAGCUUCAGGAGUCCGGAGUGUUAGAUCGGUGUCUCCAACUGGAUGCUCGAAUCGCCACCCGUGAGGAGCUACUUUGGCUGCAUACAGCCGAUUACGUCGACGAACUAUCCGCGACUUCAGAGAAGAAGCAGUCGAUUCUCACCGCGUUGGAACGACAAUACGACUCGGUUUUUCUCUGCCCGGAAACAUACCAAGCUGCACUGCUGUCAGCUGGUUCUUCUUUGCAAGUCGUCGAAAGCAUCCUGAGCGGCGAAAGUCGAAGUGGAUUCGCCGUCAUCCGGCCACCAGGACAUCAUGCGGAAAGUGAUGAGGCUUUUGGUUUUUGCUAUUUCAACAAUACGGCGUUAGCAGCUAAAUACGCCAUCGAGAACCAUCAGCUAGAAAGAAUUCUUAUCGUCGACUGGGAUAUUCAUCAUGGGAACGGGAUCCAGAAAAUGUUUGAAGAAGAUCCUCGAGUGCUGUACAUUUCUUUACACCGCCUGGACAUCUUCCCUUUCAACCCCGAGAACUGUGAUUGCAAUAUGGUGGGCACAGGACCGGGGGUGGGCUUCAACGUCAACAUCGCUUGGCCCAGUAAAGGAAUGGGCGACUCGGAGUAUCUAGCAGCAUUUCGACGAAUUAUCAUGCCGAUCGCCAACCAAUAUAAUCCACAGUUAGUUCUCGUGGCAGCCGGAUUCGACGCGGCUCUUGGAGAUCCUUUGGGUGGUUGCAAGGUUUCUCCAGAAGGGUACGGCCAAAUGUGCCAUAUGCUGACUUCCCUGGCCGAAGGACGGGUUGCCGUCCUAUUGGAAGGCGGUUACAAUCUGAAAUCGGUUUCUGAUUCCAUGCUGAUGUGCGCCAAUACUUUGCUCGGAGAUCCCUUGCCUACAACGUUGAUUGGAGCGCUCCAACCGGGAGCAGCCGUCACCAUUCAGCGCGUCGCCCACUACUUACUUCCCUACUGGAGUUCACUGGAUGUCGAUGUUCACAGUGAGGAGAAGAACACAAAACAGAAAGGCUGAUAAGUAAUUUAAAAUUUUUCUCUGCGAUUCUCUGCAAUUUGGAUUGUAACAUUCUGAAAUUGCCAAUCUUCUUGUUUAAUUUUUUAAUGAGUCCCAGUUAGGUUAAACAAACGAAGUAAAAGAAAAAUCCCAAUGAAAAAGAAAACCUAGACACAUUUUUCCUUUAUUCUCAUUAAGUCCGUAAACGUUUGAUCUGUAAUAACUGUUUAAAAAAUCACCUUUUUCUUAUCUCUGUUCUGUUUGGCUUAAGUUCUGCUGUUUUUAUAUUUUCAUCAUUUCUCAGUCGAAUUGUCUUAAAUACAAAAGAAAGUGUGUGACUUCCAAAUGAA